GAGAGUUACUACGACUAAUUGAGUUAUAGAAGAAAAGUGUCCUUCACACAUACGAGUCCUAAAUGCACAUGUGCAUGUGCCAAGAAAAAUUAGAAAAGUUUGGAAAUGUUUAUAAAGCUAAUUAAACGAGAAAAAACCGUAGGUUUAGCGACUCCGCCGGCUGCGAUACAAGGAUGGAGUUCAAAAUGAUCGGCCCGGAGCACUGUGACCAGGUGCUGGAGCAUCUGCGUCGCAGCUUCUUUGCCGACGAGCCGCUCAACAAGGCCGCCGGGUUGUGUCAAAACGGUGUCAACUGCUCCGCUCUGGAGAUUCACUGUGCCGAGGCCAUCCAGGAUCGGAUGAGUGUGAUGGCGGUGGACGCGAAGGAUGAGGGUAGCUGCAAAAUAGCCGGCGUCGUUCUAAAUGGCAUCUUGAAACCGGACGACACGGCCAGGGCGUUGGAGAAACUGGAGGAAACUAAGGAUAUACAUUUCCGGGUUAUCUUCGAGAUGCUGCACAAGCACAAUAUCGAACACAAUCUCUUCGAGCACUUCGAUGUGAAGUCCAUCUUCGAUGUGCGCAUUCUGUCGGUGGACUCCUGCUAUCGCGGCCAGGGCAUUGCCAACGAGCUGGUCAAACGAUCCGUGGAGGUGGCCCGAAAGAAUGGCUUCCGGCUGAUGAAGGCCGACGCCACUGGCAUCUUCUCGCAGAAGAUUUUCCGCUCGCACGGUUUCAAGGUCUUCUCGGAACUACCGUACUGCAAGUACACGGAUGAGAAUGGCAAAAUGAUCCUGCCCGUGGAGGCGCCGCACAUCAAGCUGCAGCAGAUCUACAAGACGGUCUGUGGCGAUGAGCUGGAUGACAAGGCGAAGCCGCAUUAA